AUGCCGAAAAAGCACCAGUGGUUUCACGCAAAACCUGCCAGCUCAGCACACCCCAGUCUCGCGCCAUCUGAGUCUCGUCAGCAUGGCGGGUCUGGGGUCCGGGGCUCGUCAACGACGGCGUCAGUUAACGAUUUGAUCAGUCACCUUCGUCGCACCCAGAUCCCUAGUCCAUCCCCCGAUGAUCCUCCAAGCUCCCAACGUGCUCAACGUGCCUUUAUCACUCCGCGAUCCGUUCACCCGUCUCUUCGAGGUCUGCUAGAGCUUCCCGAAACCUUACCGCCGCGACCUCGCCCAGGUGGUCGUCGCACGCUGUUCGGUGUUCGUCCGUCUCGGCGAACUGUGGGACCUCCGCCGCCUGCGAGUUGGCUCUCUCGGAACGAUGAUGCAGAAAAAGACCAAGGGUUCCUGAGCCGAGUCCCAGGGCCCUUGGAGCAGGACAUUCACCGACUAAAUCGGCUCCAGAGGCCGCUCUUUCCUGAUAGGAGAAGUCUGCUACAUCUGUUACUAAAAUCGAUGGCUUUAAACUGGUCUUGGCACAUUGAAUUCGACGGUCCAUUUCUGUCUCAACUCCCAAAUCAUAUCAAGGAACUGCUAUUGAGUUAUGUUGCUGUAUAUGCAAGAGGCUUGUCUCUGGACGGGUAUAUGAAGGGGCUGAAACCGCUCUUUUUGACCCAGGAAGACCAGGAUCAACUCAGCAAGGACAAUCCAGAUUUCAGCGAGUCAAUGGGCGUCAACGGAGAUUUUCAAAUUGCGCAGUUGGAUUUGGGAAAUGCUCUGGGAAGAUGGAUAACUCUCAAGCAGCUCACACACGAAAUGAUACACUCGCCAGCUCCGGCUCUAAGUCGCGACACAAUAGAGGCCGUCCCAUCUUCGUGGGACGAAGAAAUCGACGAAGGCAAAGGGAAAGCUACACCAGAUGAUGAUCUGGCUCCAUCCGUCCCCAUGAGUAUUACCCAAACUCUUCGCUUCCCCAAACUUCGCGCAUUGUCUUUAGCACACCCGAAGCCUAGUGCUGCAAGCUGGCCCGCUCUUCUCAAUUUAAUGGCACACCUGCCUACCAUAACUCAUCUCUCACUUGCACACUGGCCAAUACCACAUCGCAACCCAAGUGCUGCCCCUGAACGUAUUCGCGAAGCGAUGAUCAAGUCUUCGGCUUCAGAUGCCUUAGAGGACCACUGGGCAGAAGCUGCGAGUGUCCUUCGCCAGCUCUCGCGCUCAACCUACUGUCUAAAAUGGUUGGAUCUUGAGGGCUGUGCCCAGUGGCUGCCAGCCUUGAGUUGGGUCGGGGACGAUCCCAACGGCAUACCAUACAGCCCUGAUAAUGUUGGUCCGGAGUGGAAUGGAUCAUGGAGAGAUAUCGAGUGGCUUGGGAUCGGCCCUGGCUUCCUGGAUCUGGCGAAAUCCAACAGUUCCUUGGAUUUGUCGUUCCCUGAAACUGCCUCGCAAACGCUCUCAGCAGAUUCCCUUUGUGCAUAUCACAUUCAAAACGCGCGUGAUGUGCAGAGACACAUUCGACAGUUGAGAAGUGGGAGGAAAUGGAUUGAAAUUGAGCUCGGACUGGGACUGGAAGACAUCGACACUGAGAUAAUCAGGCCGCCGAAUGGGCAUGAGUUCUCAGUCUACUUGUGA